GAUUGAUCGGUCGGUCGGUCGAUCGAUCGAUCGAUCGAUUGCAGAAUGAAGGAAGAAAGUUGCAGAUUCAAGGAAAGAAGGAUGGUUGGAUAUUGUAUGGGAGGAAAGAAUAUGGAAAGAUAGAUGGAUGGAUCAAAGAAGUGUGGAUUGAAAGGUGCACAAGAAAGGAAGGAUGGUUGGUGAGCAGCUGUCGGAAGGUGUCUGGUGUUCUACGUGACAGAAGAGUCUCCCCGAGGAUGAAGGGCAAAGUUUAUAAAACAGUGGCGAGACCGGCCGUGAUGGAGCUCGGAGUGAGCUCAGCCGAAGCCGAAGCUGGAUGCUUUGGAGACAAGGUGAGAGAGAGCAGACUAAGAUGUUUUGGACGUGUCCAGAGGCGAGAGAGUGACUACGUUGGUAGAAGGGUGCUGAGGAUGGAGCUGGCAGGCAAAAGAACGACAGAGAGGAAGACCAAAGAAAAGGUUGACGGAUGUUGUGAUGGAAGACAUGAGGAUGGUGGGAUUUUAGAGGGGAAAAAGAUGAGGCGCUGUGGUGACCCCUAACAGGGAGAAGCCCAAAGGAAAAGGACAUUAUGAACUCUCAAUGUCAAUUAUCAUACUUUUCACACUAAAACCUCAUUUAACAUCGCCCUUCGCCCAUCUGUCACACCCAUGAAUAGUGCAGGUGUUUAUAAUUGUUAAGUAACGUGUAUAAAAACGUGCGAUGUCCUCGUUUUGUUUUCUCACUGCGCUGCAUUUGUUUGCCCCACAAAAUGGCCGCCGUGUGCCGUUGGCUUGGUUCCGUGAUGUCACUGACUCGACGUCCGACACCACCGGUUGGGUUUCCAAAACCGGCAAUUGAGUCUUCCUGAUGCAAAGUAACCGCACGUGUAAUUGGUUUCGGAGUGCUUGAAGCGUAUGACUGACGAGAUUGCCCAAGUGACAAGACGUGUCGACUUUUAUUUUGAAAAGCGCGAGCCGGAAAUGCCCCGCGCAGGCUCCUCUCCUCUCCGCUCCCCGGCGCGCGGGCCAGUUUUUGGCCACCCGCAUCUUCCACAGCAGCGAGCAGCGAGCAGCGAGCAGCGAGCAGAGCAGCGAGAGCCGCGCCGAGUGUCAAGUCUCAGCCCUCAAGCCUGCACCAUGCACGGGGGCAAAAGAGGACUGGUGGCCCCGCAAAACACCUUUUUGGAGAAUAUUGUCCGACGCUCCAGUGAAACCAGCUUCUUGUUGGGGAACGCGCAGAUCGUGGAGUGGCCGGUGGUGUACAGCAACGACGGAUUCUGCAAGCUGUCCGGCUACCACCGAGCCGAGGUCAUGCACAGGAGCAGCACGUGCAACUUCAUGUACGGAGAGCUGACCGACAGGACGACCGUCGACAACAUCCGGCAAACCUUCGACGGCUACGAGUCCAACUUCUACGAGGUGCUGCUCUACACCAAAAACAGAACGCCCAUUUGGCUGUACAUGCAGGUGGCGCCCAUCCGCAACGAGAACGACAAGGUGGUGCUCUUCCUCUGCACCUUCCGAGACAUCACGCUCUUCAAGCAGCCCAUCGAGGACGAGACCGCGAGAGGAUGGACGAAGUUCGCCAGGCUGACGCGAGCGCUAACCAACAAUCGCAACCUGGUCCAGCAGAUGGCACCGCUGAGCAAGACGGAGGUCAGCCACAAGCCGUCCAGAUUGGCAGAGGCCCUGCAGCUGGGCUCCGACAUCCUCCCCCAGUACAAGCAGGAAGCCCCGAAAACCCCGCCGCACAUCAUCCUGCACUACUGCACCUUCAAGACCACGUGGGACUGGAUCAUCCUCAUCCUCACCUUCUACACGGCCAUCAUGGUGCCCUACAACGUGUCCUUCCGGACCAGGCAGAACAACCUGGCGUGGUUGGUGCUGGACAGCAUCGUGGACGUCAUCUUCCUGGUGGACAUCGUGCUCAACUUCCACACCACCUUCGUGGGGCCCGCCGGCGAGGUCAUCUCGGACGCCAGGCUCAUCCGCAUGAACUACGUCAAGACCUGGUUCGUCAUCGACCUGCUGUCCUGCCUGCCCUACGACAUCAUCAACGCCUUCGAGCAUUUCGAGGAGGACUUCGUGGCGCCUUCGUCCCCGGCGAGUCGUCUCCGUGACUCGUCGCACGUCCACAGGAACGGGACCAGGACGGAGGACUCGGUUCUGCCAGGUCUGAGCAGCCUGUUCAGCUCGCUGAAGGUCAUCCGGCUGUUGCGCUUGGGCCGGGUGGCGCGCAAGCUGGACCACUACCUGGAGUACGGCGCCGCCGUGCUGGUCCUGCUGGUGUGCGUCUUCGGCCUGGUGGCCCACUGGCUGGCCUGCAUCUGGUACUGCAUCGGCGACCACGAGGUCAUCGACGAGACCACCAACGGCAUCAAGACGGACAGCUGGCUGUACCAGCUGGCGCUGAGCAUCGGGACGCCGUACCGCUACAACGUGAGCGGGACGGGGCGCUGGGAGGGCGGCCCCAACAAGGACACGCUCUACAUUUCCUCGCUCUACUUCACCAUGACCAGCCUCACCACCAUCGGCUUCGGCAACAUCGCGCCCACCACCGACAGGGAGAAGAUCUUCUCCGUGGCCAUGAUGAUGGUGGGAUCGCUGCUGUACGCCACCAUCUUCGGGAACGUGACCACCAUCUUCCAGCAGAUGUACACCAACACCAACCGCUACCACGAGAUGCUCAACAACGUGCGCGACUUCCUCAAACUCUACCAGGUCCCCAAAGGCCUCAGCGAACGCGUCAUGGACUUCAUCGUGUCCACGUGGGCCAUGUCUAAGGGCAUCGACACCGAUAAGGUUUUGUCCAUCUGCCCCAAAGACAUGCGGGCGGACAUCUGCGUGCACCUCAACCGCCAGGUGUUCAACGACCACCCGGCGUUCCGCCUGGCCAGCGACGGCUGCCUGCGCUCGCUGGCCGUGGAGUUCCAGACCACGCACUGCGCGCCCGGCGACCUCAUCUUCCACAUCGGCGAGAGCGUCGACACGCUCUGCUUUGUCGUCUCCGGCUCCCUCGAAGUCAUCCAGGACGACGAAGUCAUCGCAAUACUCGGCAAAGGCGACGUGUUCGGCGACGUCUUCUGGAAGGAGAGCUCGAUGGCGCGAGCGUGCGCCAACGUGCGGGCGCUGACCUACUGCGACCUGCACGUGAUCCGGCGAGACGCGCUGAUGCGGGUGCUGGAAUUCUACACGGCCUUUGCGCACUCCUUCUCGCGGAACCUCAUCCUCACCUGCAACCUGCGCAAACGGGUGAUCUUUCGAAAGAUCGCAGACGUCAAGCGAGAGCAGGAGCGCCAGAGGAACGAGGUGGCGCUCUCCAUUCCCGACGACCAUCCGGUCCGGAAGCUCUUCCAGAGGUUUCGGCAGCAGAGGGACGGCCAGACUCCGGGGGAAUCGUCCCCCUACUUGCGGGAGGAGCCGCCCCGCCCCGGCGCAACCCGGGCCCCGGCUGAGACGUCGGAGCAAAACUGCACCGCGGAGGCCGUGGGCUCUCGACCCGGACCGUGUGAGGAGAAGCCGCCGAGCCGGGACGCCAACAGAGAGGGGAACGGGGCGGCCCCCGGCAGAGGAGGGGCCAGGGGGUGGGCAAAGUUUAAAAACGCCACCGCAACUGCGCCCCCUCCUGCGCUUGGAGAGCAAGAGAAGCCGCCAGAGAAAGGCCAGGCUUGGACCGAAGGAUCUCAGUCGUCCGAGCAAAUAGCGUCCAAGGAGAAUCAGAACCAGGCGGGCGGCGCCAACGCUGGGGAAGCCAUCGCCCUGCAGAAAAGGGACUCGUGCGACAGCGGCAUCACCAAGAGCGACCUCCGCAUCGACCGAGUCGGAGACUCCAGGAGCUCCUUCGAGCGCAGCCCCAUGGAGCGGAACCCCUUCGGCGCCGCCGGGCCCGAGCGGGACCUCCUGCAGGCGGCGCUGCACGAGGCCAAGGUGGAGCUGAAGGCCGACAUCCAGACGCUGGGGGGGCGGCUCACGGCGCUGGAGGCUCAGGUGGCCGAGAUCCUUCGGCUGCUCGCCGCCAGAAGAAGACUCUCGCUGCCGCCCACGUCCUCGCCGAGGCCCAGGUUCAGGAACCAAGACGCCCUGGUUGGACCUCGAAACGACGACGGGCCCUUUUGA